AUGUUUAAAUGCGUGCAGUGCCCGUCGGUUUUUGUACGAAAAGGCAGUUUGGUUAGACAUGAAAUAACUCAUACCGGUAUUCGUUUUCCGUGUACCGUAUGUCCAGCGACAUUCAACUAUAAAUCGUAUAUCAAUAGACAUCUGAAAAAUGUUCAUGGUAUUGUCAACAUUCCAACCCGUUUGAGGCCAAUACCCGCUGCACCAAUCAUAGAUCACCCAACACGAGGGCCUCGUGCCUCUAAUCAAGGUGAUGUUAUCCAGAUCGCGCCUCAAAUAUUUAUUCCCGAUGUCCCGGCUGGUGGAUCGAAUGCGAUAUCCGACGAUGAUAUAUUGUGCAUGGAAGCAAUGGAUGAAUUUGAGGAUGACGAUCUAUUAUGUAUGAAAGCAAUGGACGAAUUUGAGGAUAACGAUCUAUUGUGUAUGAAAGCAAUGGACGAAUUUGAGGAUACAGAUUCAUACACCGUUGCCGUUAACGGAAAGCGUGUUUCCACGGCCAACACCGUGUCGGCUGCUAGGGCGAAAAAGACUAGGUUGAAUCUUGUCAAAGCCCCUGGGUUCAUCGAGAUUUCAUCGUCCGCAAAUAGGAAGAUCGUGUGGUAUUAUGCGAAAAAUGUCGAUAAUACAAUGAUUUAUUCUGAUUUUCUCCGCCCGCUUAUGCCUGAGUUAUUCAAUUUAUUGAAAACCCACGUGAAAAAACAUGCGAUUAAAUUCAAUUUGAAACUCGAGGCAACAUACAACCGGCCCAACGUACCAAACUCGUCGGAGAACCGGGCAUUCAAAACUUCGGCGGUAGAACUUUAUUCGGAUAGUGACAUUAGAACGAUUGUAGAGAGGGCGUACAUGAAGUUAAUGACAGAGAAAGAUGAGUACCAAUCACGUGGAAGCGGAUUUACAUUGGAGAGCAUAGACGGCUUGUUGUUGGCGGUAUAUAAAUAUACACCGAUGGGUGGCUCGUCGUAUAUUGAGUUGCCAACGUAUAUCGACAGGAAACGGGGUACAAUAAAUCCACAAAACACAGACCAGGAAUGUUUUAAGUGGGCGAUUCUAGCGAGGCAUGUGGCAUAUAAUUUAUCUGAUAAAUAUAAAUGCUGUGUGGGUGAAAAUUACAAAAAACAUAAAGGAAAAUAUAAUUUUGACGGCCUCACCUUCCCGACACCGCUAUCGGAUAUAACUAAAUUCGAAAAAAACAAUUCCAGCGUCUCCGUUAACGUCUAUGGUAUAGAUAGAAAAAUACAGCCACCAAAGUCCCCGAGGUAUGAGGUAUACCCGCUACGAGUCGUUGACGAAGAGAAACCGGACCACUUCGACCUGUUGUUGGUAAAGGACGACAAAAACUCGCAUUACGUUUACAUUUCGAAUUUUUCACGAAUUGUGCGCGCACAAAAAACUAAGCAUGAUGAACGCGUUGUAUUUUGUAAAAGGUGUUUUACGUCAUUCGAUGACAGGCGGCAUAAAUACAAGUUGAGCGGACAGGAGGCGCUGAAUCAACACAAGCUGAUUUGCGGAGAACACACACCAAUUUUACCAGAGAUGCCAAAAGAGGGUGACUGUACUGAAUUCAAGGCGUGGAAUAAGACCCAGAGACACCCCAUAGUAAUUUAUGCAGAUUUUGAGACGAUAUUGACGAAGACUGAUGAGAAGAAAGGAGCCAAGACGAGGAUAUUACAUAGACAUGAGGCGAUGAGCUAUAGUCUCAUUUUGAAAGCGAGCGAUAACGUACCGCAGGAGUUAUUGGAGGAACAUGACAUACCAACAGAGUCAAUAUUAUACCGAGGAAACAAGAAUAAGACAGACGUGGCGAGACAUUUUGUUGAAACCGUUACUGAGAUGGCGAUAAAAAUUGAAAAAAUUAUUGAAGACCAAUAA